UCUGCAGCGACGUGGAGUGAUGGCGGCGUAGUGGAUGUGACAGGAGAUUCCCCAACACUGCGAGAAAUAGACUUUCAAACCCCUCGGAUCAUGGGUGCAAACAGCAGUACGAUCGGCGAGCUCUCCGACAACGAGUACUUACAGAAGCUGUGUGGACCCGAGGCUAUUUCUGAGAAUGACCCCUUCUGGAACCAGCUUCUCUCUUUCACGCUUUGCACCCCAACAAGCAGUGCCGAUUCGAAAGCCCUGGAGGAGGCCACCAUUUCCAUCUGCAAAACCCUACUUCAGAAUAAUCCACGGACGGGUAACCUGGGAGCGUUAAUCAGAGUCUUCCUCUGCCGAACCAAAGAGCUGAAGAUCUCCGCCGAAUGCCAGAAUCAGAUCUUCAUCUGGCAGGCUCACAAUGCGCUGUUUAUAAUCUGCUGCCUGCUCAAAGUAUUCAUCGGCCACAUGCCUGAGCAGGAGCUGCUACUCCACUUCUCGUAUCGGGAGAGAGAGCCGGGAUCAUACGAUUCGGACACAGAAGACCUGUUUGAAGAAUUCCUUUUUGGUCUCAUCCACCUGAUCGUCGAAGUGCCCCUUCUCGAUAUCACGUACAGCAUCCUGCUAGAAGCCGUGACCAUGCUGCUCGUGUUCCUGUCCCAUCAGCUCUUCCGCAAGGACAUCAUCCACGAGAGCGCCAUCCACAAGCUCCUCAUGCACGGCCGCUGCGUUCCUUACACGAGCAGACUGGUGAAGACCUUGCUGUAUAAUUUCAUUAGACAGGAGAAGAGUCCGCCGCCGGGGUCUCAUGUCUUCCAGCAGCAGUCUGAUGGAGGGGGUCUGCUUUACGGCUUCGCCUCUGGUGUGGCAAGUGGUCUGUGGACUGUUCUGACGUUAGGAGGAGUGGGCAGUAAACAAGCCCCCCAACAGGAGCAGUCCUCGCUGCUCGCCAACCAGAGCCUGCUGCUGCUGCUGGCCCUCGCCAAUAUGACGGAUGCCCCCGACUGGCCCAAUCCCUUCCGGCAAGCAAUCACAUCCUUCAAGAACACGCAAGACAGCUCUGUUAUGCCCACUCCAAGCCCGCACUCGUUCCAGAUCAACUUCAACAGCCUGUAUACGGCUCUGUGCGAGCAGCAGACGUCGGAUCAGGCCACCCUGCUCCUCUACACGUUACUGCAUCAGAACGGCAACAUGCGGACGUACGUCUUGGCUCGCACCGACAUAGAAAACCUUGUGUUGCCGAUACUGGAGAUUCUGUAUCGCGUCGAGGAGCGGAAUUCCCACCACGUUUACAUGGCCCUCAUCAUCCUCCUCAUCCUCACGGAAGACGACGGCUUUAAUCGCUCCAUUCAUGAAGUGAUACUGAAGAAUAUCACUUGGUACUCGGAACGGGUGCUGACCGAGAUCUCUCUGGGAAGUCUGCUGAUAUUAGUGGUGAUCAGAACCAUCCAGUACAACAUGACGCGGACGCGGGACAAGUACCUUCACACAAACUGCUUGGCCGCUCUGGCGAACAUGUCUGCGCAGUUUCGCUCGCUUCAUCAGUACGCCGCCCAGAGGAUUAUCAGUUAUGCCUGCCGCCACUUGCGGAGAUAUUUAUAUGUCCUGGACAAACUCUAUUUCCCUCCUUCCCGCUGCUCCACGCUGCAGCAUUUCUUCUCGGCGCUCAGUGACAAUGGAGAGGAGUUCUUGUCUCUAACUUGCUCGCACGUACUCCGAUCCUAUGCAUCCAGUUUGUUUUCCUUGCUGUCCAAAAAACACAACAAAGUCCUGGAGCAAGCCACGCAGUCUCUGCGAGGGUCCCUGGGCUCAGACGAGACCCCACUUCCUGACUACGCUCAGGACCUGAACGUGAUCGAAGAAGUGAUCAGAAUGAUGCUGGAGAUCAUCAACUCCUGCCUGUCCAACUCUCUCCACCACAACCCCAACCUGGUGUACGCUCUGCUGUACAAGCGGGAGCUCUUCGAGCAAUUCCGGAGUCACCCCUCGUUUCAGGACAUCAUGCAGAACAUCGACAUGGUGAUCGGCUUUUUCAGCUCGCGUUUGGAGCAGGCCGGAGCCGACCUGUCAGUGGAGCGAGUCCUGGAAGUCAUCAAGCAGGGAGCUUUGGCGUUGCCUAAAGACAGAUUGAGAAAAUUCCCCGAGUUGAAGUUCAAGUACGUGGAAGAAGAGCAGCCGGAGGAGUUUUUCAUCCCCUACGUCUGGUCUUUAGUGUAUAACUCGGCCGUGGGACUCUACUGGAACCCCCGAGACAUCCAGCUCUUCACCAUGGACUCCGGCUGACCGAGCGCCCUAGCCCCGUAGAUACUGCUGUGCCGGCUUAAACGGCUUCGCCCCUUAGAGGGGUGCGCGACGCGCUGUGCGGCCCUCCACCACUCAGCAGGUUUCACCAAAGGACUCUGGGAAUCCUGUGCACUUUUGUGGUUAUUCCACCUUUUUGGUGGGAGCCGCGUCCU